AUGCCUUCACUCGUCGCACAGCCCCCAUCGAGCAGCCAGGCGAGCAGCCAGGGCGGCAUAGGAUCGUACUACCAGACCAAGACCGAGUAUCUCCAGCUGGCGGUGAACAGGAAGACGCAGAACCUCAGACGACUCGAGGCCCAGCGUAACUCGCUCAAUGCCCGCGUCCGGCUGCUCAGGGAGGAGCUCCAGCUGUUGCAAGAACCCGGCAGCUACGUCGGCGAGGUCGUCAAGGUGAUGGGAAAGAAGAAGGUCUUGGUCAAGGUCCAACCCGAGGGAAAAUAUGUUGUUGAUUUUGCACCAUCGAUUCAGCUGUCCCAGCUCACGCCUGCACUGCGGGUCGCCCUGCGCUCGGAUUCCUAUCAGCUCCACUCGAUCCUGCCAUCCAAGGUCGAUCCCCUGGUCUCGCUGAUGAUGGUCGAGAAGGUGCCUGACUCGACGUACGAGAUGGUCGGAGGGCUUGACAAGCAGAUCAAGGAGAUCAAGGAGGUCAUCGAGCUGCCCGUCAAGCAUCCCGAACUAUUCGAUGCGCUGGGAAUCGCCCAGCCGAAAGGGGUGCUGCUCUACGGGCCUCCGGGCACGGGCAAGACGCUGCUGGCUCGUGCGGUCGCACACCACACCGACUGCCGGUUCAUCCGGGUCAGUGGGAGCGAGCUCGUCCAGAAGUACAUCGGCGAGGGCUCCCGAAUGGUCAGGGAGCUGUUCGUGAUGGCCCGGGAACAUGCGCCCUCGAUCAUCUUCAUGGACGAGAUCGACUCGAUCGGCAGUUCCCGGGGCGAGAGCGGCAGCGGCGGCGGCGACUCGGAGGUCCAGCGUACCAUGCUCGAACUCCUCAACCAGCUCGACGGCUUCGAACCCACCAAAAACAUCAAGGUCAUCAUGGCCACCAACCGUAUCGAUAUCCUCGACUCCGCCCUCCUCAGACCAGGCCGAGUCGACCGCAAGAUCGAGUUCCCCCCUCCCGGCCCCGAAGCAAGAGUCUCGAUCCUCCGAAUUCACUCCCGAAAGAUGUCCUUGACCCGUGGGAUCAAUUUGAGAGCCUUGGCAGAAAAAAUGGGCAACUGUAGUGGAGCUGAAGUGAAAGGCAUCUGUACCGAAGCAGGGAUGUAUGCCUUACGUGAGCGUCGACAACACGUGACUCAAGAGGACUUGGAACUGGCCGUAGCUAAGGUCUUGAAGCGCAACCUCGAUGCAAGUACCUCGACUAAUAAGCUGUUCACAUGA